GCAGGACCAGCGGUGUUGAUCUGGUUGAAGGCGAAGAUAAAGAAACCACACGAGCGAUAGAUAGUGGUUAUUUCAGAUCUCGAGAUUUAGGAGAUGAAAUGCAGUUUACUUAUAACUAUCUUCUCUUGUGUCGGUCCGGAUGGUGCAGACGCUUUUACAUCCGUGCCGCACCCGAAGUACCAGGCUGCAACUUCGAGAACAUCACACAUACUACUAAAGGCAGCUCUCACUUUCUCUACUUCUGCAAGUUAUCGAUCUGCUUAUCUCCAUUGAUAUGCCUAUCAAAUCUAUCAUCGCCGUGGCUAUGCCGCCGCUCCAUCUUCUCGCAUACUCAACGCUGCUCGGGACUGAGUUAUAUCAAAGUUUUGUUAUGACCAAGCUUGCCUACCAGGCCUUGCCACGUUCUGCUUUCACAAGCCUACAAAAGCGUGUCUUUCCGGUCUAUUUCAAAGGACAGACACUGCUCCUUGGUCUGGUCGUCCUCACACUGCCGCCUGGUGGCCCGAAGUCUCUGGUAGACAACCAGACCAGCGCGUUCGCCUUCGCCGUGGCCGGUGGAAGUGCGCUCUUGAAUCUGUUUGUUUAUGGACCGGAAACACAGAGGCUCAUGAUCGAAAGGGUGCAUCAAACGACCCGCGACUCCAACAGAUCCACAAGUACGGAUGGAAUUACCAGCGAGAUGCAUAAACUGAAUCGCUCAUUCUCCCGAGCACAUGCGAUGAGCAUUCACUUGAAUCUUGUUACUGUUAUUGCAACGCUAUACUAUGGCUGGCGGCUAUCAUCGAGGCUGAACUUUGAGGUUGCGUGAUAGUCAUAAACGACGAACAUCUAGGUACAUGUUGGACAGUCUAUCUGGCGUACUUUAGAUGAUAAGUGAUAGUUGAUCAGUGAUAAGUGAUAAGCGAUAACAAAGAUGGUUGUACGAAAGUACGAUUAAUGUUUGCAUUGAUGAUGAAAGGGGUGUUUAGUUGCGCAUCAGGCGCCCAAUGAUGAGGGCGGCACGGCUGCAGUCAUUACCUCCGAC